CCUUCCCCAAUUAACAAAUUCUUAAUUAGUUGUACAACAAAAAUCCCCAAUUCCUACCUACUAUACUUCUAAAUUCUAACUAAUCCCCAUUUCUCUAAUAUAUACCCAUGAUAAUGCAUUGAUUGACAUCUGAAUCGCCCUCUUCUUCUUCUUCGUCGUCGUUGUUUCAGUUGAAGAAGAAGAUGGGUGUUGUAAAAGCAGCGGUAGCUGAUUUUGUUAUGACAUUUAUUGCGAUAUUUUGUGUUUCAACGAUUGGGGUUCUCACUUACAUUAUUGGAUCUGCAUUUGGAAUUGCUCCUGGAUUGGCAUCUCUCUCCAUCACUAUUGUCAUUGUUUUCCUCCUCUUUUUAAUGCUUAGUGUUAUAGCUGAGGCUUUGGGUGGCGCCGCCUUCAAUCCUGCCGGUACGGCGGCGUUUUAUGCUGCCGGAGUUGGAAAUGAUUCGCUCUUCUCCGUUGCUGCUCGAUUUCCAGCUCAGGCAGCUGGUGCGGUUGCUGGUGCAGUAGCAAUAUUGGAGGUUAUUCCUACGCAGUACAAGCACAUGCUUGGUGGGCCUUCCUUGAAAGUUGACUUGCACAAUGGAGCCAUUGCUGAGGGCAUCUUGACUUUCGUAAUGACCUUUCUGGUCUUUAUCAUUGUACUGAAGGGUCCUAAAAGUGCACUUCUAAAGAAUUGGUUACUUGCAAUGUCAACUGUUACCAUGGUAGUUGCAGGUUCAAAAUACACUGGACCUUCUAUGAAUCCAGCCAAUGCAUUUGGUUGGGCGUACAUAAACAACAUGCACAACACAUGGGAGCAGUUUUACGUCUACUGGAUCUGCCCCUUUGUAGGAGCAAUAUUGGCUGCAUGGACUUUUCGUGCUGUCUUUCCAGCUCCAGCGAAGAAGAAGAAGCCCCAGAAGAAAAAGCGAAAUUGAGAUAGACUCUUCUGCUUCAGUUACUUCAUUAAUCUAGGUUUCGAUGUGGUUGAAGUAACCCGAUAAAGUUGAAAGCAAUUCUUAAGUUCAAAUACAGAAUCAUGACAGAUUCCCUUCGCAUUUGUUGGAAUUGUUAAUAAACCCCCUUUCAACAUUGAUCCAAAUUCAACCAA